UCCUCUUCGGAAACUCAGCCUUUGGAAAAGUCACUUGCAAGGAUUCGGUGGCAGCGGAGCCUUCAGUUCCUCUUCGGUUCGUUUUUCUCGGACUCAAGAUGUGGGCUGCUAAAUUCGCGAACUCCCGUUCGCCUCUCCUGUCCUCGGUGCUGUUGCUCUCGAAGGGAGCCCCAUCUUCCAGCUCGCCCUUUCACUCCUCGGCGCACCUCCAUAAGGCUAAAGUGGCUGUGGUUCUUUCUGGUUGUGGUGUUUAUGAUGGCACUGAAAUCCACGAAGCCUCUGCGAUAAUGGUUCAUUUGAGCCGAGGAGGAGCCAAUGUUGACAUGUAUGCCCCAAAUAUUUCUCAGAUGCAUGUUGUUGAUCACAGCAAAGGUCAGCCAGCUGACAGGGAAUCGAGAAACGUCUUAACAGAAUCAGCAAGAAUCGCUCGUGGGAAAAUUAACGACUUGGCUAGACUUACUGCAAGAGACUAUGAUGCGGUAGUAUUUCCUGGAGGCUUUGGAGCUGCUAAAAAUCUAUCUACCUUUUCUGUGGAUGGGAAAGACUGUAAAGUUAACAAAGAUGUUGAGCGUGUGCUGAAAGACUUCCACAAAUCAGGGAAACCCAUUGGGUUGUGCUGUAUUUCCCCUGUCUUGGCUGCAAAGGUUCUACCUGGCACUGAAGUCACUGUAGGCCAAGAACAAGAACAAGGUGGGAAGUGGCCUCAUGCUAGCACUGCUGGGGCCAUUAAAGCCAUGGGAGGAAAACACUGUGCUAAAGAUGUAACAGAAGCGCAUGUGGACAAUACCAACAAGAUAGUUACUACACCAGCAUUUAUGUGUGAAACUGAAUUUCAUCACAUUUUUGACGGUAUUGGAGCCAUGAUAAAAAAUUUGUUAAGGCUGACAGGCAAAUGAGAUGGAUUGUUAAUAACAAAAGCAAUAGCUUUUAGGAAUGUUGCAACUUUGAUGACAAAGUUGGCACAGAAUGUACUUUUAGACGUAUUUUAGAGGAUCGACUUAAAUUUCUGAACUGGAGCAUCCUACACUAACUGAAUCAGGAUCCUUUUAUGUCAAACUCUUCUCCAUAUAGUGCAUUGUCAUUGACAAUCGUUUUAUAUUCUGAACAUCAUCCGUUGUUAAACAAAUUGGAAUUAAUGACUCAAGUAUUUAAAUUAUUUCCCAGCUGUUAUCAGAAUGUUUCCAAUGAUUAUAUCAUGAAUUUGCAAAUAUAAUUUAGCAUGUUAAAAGUUGUACAAUUGGAUUUGAAUCACUAGUAUGACAAACUCUAGAGAACCUAAUUUGGGAAUUGAGAACAACAGAAUAGAAUUCCAUUCAUUUUUCUAAUUUAAAUCUAAUUAUUAGUACUGUGAAUGGUUGCUUAACAUUCUAUAAGCACUGGCAUAUUACAAAUUCCUGAAGAAUUAGACACCACAUAGGUAGUCAUUUAAAGAAAUGAGGCUAUGGCUCCAAAGACAAUUCUAAUUAUAGGGAAUGUUUUACAAAUAAAUUGUAAAUCCUCUUACAGAAUCCAUAUGAACAUUAUUAAGUAUUCCAAUUUACCAAGAGAAUUGAGGCUGCAAGUUACUGUGCAACAGUUCAGAUCAAUGAAGAGAAACUUUUUUCAAUUAGAUAUACCACAUGUUAAAUAAAAUGGAUGAAGUUAAAACCAA